AAUUCUUUCUUUUUUUCUCUAUUUUACUUCUUGCAGUUUUCUCUGUUCGAGUGGCUGACGGUGAAAAUCUGAGGAAGGGAUUCCCAAAAAAAUAAACCUAAUAAAACAACCACAUCUCAGUUUCUCUUGUCACCUCCUACAUCUUCCAUCAUGGCUAUAGUCUUCCAUACCAGCCCUCUCCUAUGGACAAGGUUGGCAGCCAUGAUCUUCGCCUGUGUGGCUUUCUCCGUGGCCAUUCAUGGCGGCAGACUCUACCACGGCACUGGAGACUGGUGCAUCUUCUGCUGGGCCUUCAGCUUUGCCGGGACUCUGCUCGUCAUCCUGGUGGAGUUGUUCGGCCUGCAAGCCAGAGCUCCGGUUUCCUGGAAGAACUUCCCAAUCACCUUUGCCUGUUAUGCCGCCCUGCUCUGCCUGUCUGCCUCCAUCAUCUUCCCUCUCUACUUCCUCAAAGGCUCCUCAGGUCAGGGUGAGGUUGGCAGCUACCGCAUCGUGUCAACCGUCUUUUCCUGCCUGGCCACAAUCGCCUACAUGAGCGAGGUGAGCAUCAGCAAGGCGCGUCCAGGUGAGGUUGCUGGCUACAUGGCCACAGCCCCUGGCCUGUUGAAAGUCUGCGAGACCUUCGUGGCCUGCAUCAUCUUUGUCUUCGUCAGCGACCCCGUUUUGUACGACCGCCACGACGCACUCAAGUACUGCAUGUCCGUCUACUGCAUCUGCUUUAUCUUGUCAGCAGCUAUCAUUCUGCUCUGCGUGGGAGAGUGCACCGGCUGCCUCCCCUUCCCAUUUGCCCGCUUCCUGUCUGCAUACGCCCUGCUGGCUGUGGUCCUCUAUCUGUCAGCGACCAUCAUCUGGCCGAUCUUCAACUUUGACCCCAAGCAUGGCGGAACAAAACACAGGGCCAGCUCCUGCUCCACCACCGCGGGGCUGUGUGUGUGGGAUAAGCUCAUGGCGGUGGCUGUGCUCACCGCUGUCAACUUCAUCCUCUACCUGGCCGACCUAAUCUAUUCCGCCCGCCUGGUGUUUGUCAGCGCUUGAGGGAAGAGAAAGGAUGUCGGGCCUGCAGUAUGCUCCAAAUGAAAUUGAAUUUGGUAUGUUCUCAAAGGCUGUGGAACUGCUGUCAAAUAUAUGGUGCUGCAAACAAAUGCCAGCGUACUCGCCACGACUCCGGUCAGUUUGCAUCCACACCCACUGGAGGAGCUUUGAGUCAUGAUGGGAAUGAAGAGUUUGAGUUGUGUUUUCCAAUCUGGUGCAACACCAUUUGUUGUUUGAAAUGUUAUUAAGUUCUUGUAGCAUAAAAUACAAGACUCCCAUAUUACCUGUGUUAUGUUUGACCAAGAGAUGGUGUGUUGGGGGCAACAAAUGAAGCUUUAAAAAAAAAAAAAGAGAUAUUGAUAAAUUCAACUGGUCAGUCUGAGUGAAAUCAAAUCAAAAAUCUUGUGCUUUUUUUUUUUGGUCCAAAAACUCAAAGUCUUGUCUCUGCAAACCUGCCAAAUUUGAUUUCGUGUGAAGUAUACUGCCUGGCUGAGGGCCUUAGAGAGAAAGGUCGGAGAGUAGAGGGAGAGGUUGAGGUCAGUGGCUAUGUUUACAUGUACAACAAUACGCCGAUAAAUUACUGAGGAUUUCUGUUCACGUGUUGGAGCAUGUAUAAAUGUCGAACCUUGCUUCCAGUGGCUUGGAUAGGCUCAUAUCUUGAAUAUGAGAGAAUGUGAUUGCUGGAACAUGUUGACAUUAAUAUCCAAGAAAUACAUGUUUAUCCUUUUUCAUGGCAGAUCACUGCCAAGUAGGUGCCCAUUGAGAUAUUCAAAAUAUGCAAAUUUUUUUAUAUAUAUUUACAGGAAUGUUUGUUAUCUGGAUGAGUAAGCUAUUAAAAUAAUGUCUAACUCUAAUAGGGAUACAAGCUAACACCCAAAAUACUAUGUGCAUGUAAACAUAGUCGGUGAUGAGGAAUUAAGGAAAACCAAAGUAAAUGGUGGCUUUAUUUUUUUGCAUUAUGUAUAUUUCAAUGUUCUGCCUUAAGUCUGUUUUCAAUUUGAUUUCAGGAAAAAAAGAGACUGUCGAGCAGUAUUACUUUUCUCGGUUAAAGAAAUAAAUAAAGAAUCGAUUCAUUUUAGUUGUACAGUUCCAAGAUUACGUUAGCUGUUGUAGGGGGAAAAAGCAAUCAAUUGGAGGAAAGAUGGUUCAAAGAAAGGUACAGUAAAUUUCUGUUGAAGUAAUUAUAUUACUUAACAAGAUGGGACUGACUUUUUUAGUUUUCCCAACAGUACGCAGUGCAGCUGAUCAGGUUGUGUCAUUCAUCAGUUAACCUGACUGUUUUAAGACUCCAUUGUUAUAAGUUAUAAGACUUGAAGUAGUACAAAAAUAGUUUAUGUGAUGUUAAGAUGAAUGCUAGGCUAAGCUUUUUUGCUCCUGUUAUGAUAUAUGUGUAUCUGCAAGUUACAAUCAAUGGCAAGAAUAUAUAUGUGGAAAGAACAUAUGCAAGAUUGUGGAUUUUUAAAAAUGAAUAUGGUUUAAAUGCACUUAGUAUUAGUAUUUUCUAAGUGGGUUUUUUUCCUGAUGUCUCCAAACAUUAAAGUAUCUUUUAGCAACAAAACUCACAGCACUUAACUAAUUUAGAUUGUCAUCGAUUGGGUCUUAUGAUUUUAUACUGCUGUAACAAAAAAUAAAAAAAAAGGAAAAACUCAGAGAAAGAGAUAAAAAACGAUGCUUCCCUCUCUCUCUGUUGAUGUUACUGUUAUAUUCUUUAACUUUUUUAUAUUCCACACUUCAUGUUUAAAGUGUGCAUACCACAUCAGUGUUGUAAGAAAAUGUAAUCCAGUGUUUCAAUAAAACCACAUUGUAAACAGAC